AUGAAUGCAGUCAAUAAAGGCGGACGUGGUGCAAGACUUCCACCAGAAGUAAACAGGGUGCUGUUUGUUAGAAAUCUUCCUUUCAAGAUUACCGCUGAGGAAAUGUAUGAAGUUUUUGGAAAAUAUGGACCCGUACGACAGAUCAGAGUUGGAAAUGCAACAGACACACGAGGAACUGCCUUUGUAGUAUAUGAGGAUAUCUUUGAUGCAAAGAAUGCGUGUGAACAUCUUCAAGGUUUUAAUAUUCUAGGUCGUUACUUGAUUGUUCUGUAUUACCAGCAGAACAAGGUGACCAAGAAGAUGAAUCUGCAGAAGAAAGAAGAAGAGCUUAAGGAACUUAAGACGCGUUAUGGCGUUGGUGAUGAUUAAUAUACUGGCAUUGACGAGGAAAUUCACCACCAUUAACGGUAGAUGAGAGGGGGACUCCUACACUCUCGCUACCUAUUUUAUUACUCCCACUCCCUCACUCCAUCUCCCUACAAAUUGUUACGUACACACACACCCACUCAAACAUAUAUAUAUACAUACACACCCGGAUAGAGAUUGCUCAUUCUGUUUCCCAGUAUUUUGUCAAACUUUCCUUUUUUACAUUUCACGCUGCCUUGAUUUCCGGAUGUAAACCAAAAUGAAAAAUAAGAUUAUGGCUGAU